AUGGCAGAAUCAUCACGGAGAAGGAAAAGUAAAGAAUCAAAGACGACAAAGAAGACAAAGUUGAGAUACGUACGUGAUGAAGAGUCUGAUGAUGAUCUUCUUGAGUUAGGAUUGUUGGAUGUUGAACCAGAUAACUUCAAUCCUACAUCUAACUUGUGUGACGACCCUUUUCUUAACAUUUUAUGUGAUGAUAAAAUGUUAAAGAAUAAUCAAUUUGAAGGGGACGAUGAAGCUGAUGUUGAAGAUAUUCACCAGGAAGAGCAUGAGCAUGAACACCUUGAAGAUGAAAAUGACUUGGAAGUGGGUGUCGAGUUCAGGGUGCAUGAUCCUACCGUCAAGUGGAACCAAAUGAAGCCUACAGUUGGUGAGUUAUACGAGUCCCCUACUCAGUUAAGGUUUGCACUCACUAACUACGCUGUAGCUAAUGGAUACCAACUUUGGUUCAUUAAAAGUGAUAAAAGCAGGGUAAUUGUUAGGUGUGGGAAAAAAUGCAAAAAAACCAUGUCCUUUUAG